AUGGCGACUUACACAGCCAGUGAAGCGAAGAACAAACGUAAGGCUAUUAAGUCGAUGGCCACGCGCAUUCGGACAUUCCUGGAUCAAUCGGAUCCUACGCAAUUGUCGCGAUUUGAUCUCACGGAACGUGUGAAAAAAUUAAACUCGUUGUGGGCUCAAUAUGACGAAACGCAAACACGCAUCGAGAUGUUAGACCUUGAGAAUCCCGGCGAUAAAGAAGAGGCUACUUUGCUUAAACAACAUUCGGAUGAGCGUUCAAGCUUUGAGAUACCGUACUUUAAUUUGAUCGCGCGUUUCGAGUCAGCUAUUCACGAUCUCGAAGUUCGCGAGAGUCCGGCGAACGCUGAACCUCAGGAUUCCACAACGAUACCCCAACGUAAUCCUGCAUCGAGUCAGCUUCGGUUACCCAAAAUUACACUGCCAUCUUUUUCAGGAAAUUAUGAGGACUGGUAUACUUUCUAUGACACGUUUGAUAAGUUGAUCCACAAAAACCCCGAUCUAUCUGGAAUCGAGAAAUUUCAUUUCCUGAGAACAUCCCUCAAGGGUGAUGCAGCUGGGCUCAUAAAAUCAAUUGAAAUUACCACAGAGAAUUACGAGGAAGCGUGGGAAUUGCUCAUUGAAAGGUACGAUAAUCGUCGUCAAAUAGUUGACAGGUAUGUUAAAUCGCUUUUCGAAUUGCCUGCUAUGGCAAGGGAAAAUUACAAACAACUACGCGCCCUGCUUGAUGGCGUUUGUAAACAUUUACGCGCUCUUAAAGCUCUUGAUCGGCCGGUUGAUUCGUGGGACGAUCUUAUCGUGCAUAUGGUCCUUUCUAAACUGGAUACCACAACCAAGAAGGAAUUUGAAACGAGUCGACCUGACUCUUCGUAUCCUAAGUUCAAGGAACUUAAGGAGUUCUUGUCGCAAAGAUGUUUAGCUUUAGAGUCAAUAUCAAAUAAAGCUAGUCAUUCAAACUCGGCUGCCAAUAGCAGCAUUCAAACUCAGAAGGCAAAACAGAACGUGGCAAACGCAGCCACUACAAAUCUCAGUUGUAAUUAUUGCAAAGAGAGUCAUUUCUUAUAUCAAUGUGAAGCAUUUAAAAAAUUGUCGGUCGAUAAGCGUUUCAGGUUCGUCAAGGAUUCCCAUCUAUGCAUCAACUGCUUAAGGUCUGGCAAGCAUCAAGCCAAAAAUUGUCCCUCAUCAUCUUGUCGUAAAUGCCAAGGAGCUCAUAACACUCUUCUACAUUUUGAAGCUAGUGCAUCACGGGAUGCUAGUUCUUCGGAAACAACCUCAGACAAAGAAACGACAGUCGCUCCUGUGGUUACACAAUGUUCGCUGCAAAAUCCCUCAAGGGUGCUCUUGUCCACUGUGGUUGUUCAUGUGUGUGAUUCAAGGGGCAAGACCAUCGCAUGUCGAGCUCUAUUGGACAGCGGUUCACAACUGAACUUUGUUACCGAAAAUUUCGCUAGUAAACUACGAUUAAAUAAGCAAUCGGUAAACCUGCCAAUUUCUGGCAUUGCACAAGGCAACGUAAUGGCGAGACAUUCUGCCAACGUAACCAUACAGUCUCGAUUCAAUAGCUAUAGGGAACAAAUAGAUUGCAUUAUUCUUCCUAAAAUCACCCAAAAACUGCCACAAGAGUUUAUACAAACGUCGCAAUUUAAAAUUCCGGCCAACGUCCGACUAGCGGAUCCUAAUUUUAACAUUCCGGGUGAUAUCGAUCUAUUGAUAGGAGCUGAAGUGUUUUGGCGACUCAUUUGCAUAGGCCAAAUUCGAAGGUGCAGAAGCCACCCUACGCUUCAGAAAACGAAACUUGGGUGGAUUCUGUCGGGACAGGUAACGCAUUCACGUAGUUCGAGAAAGGAGGCUGCUUGUCAUCUCGCGGCUACUGACGAUCUCCAUGAGACCAUUUCCAGGUUUUGGGAAAUGGAAAACAAUUCCCUUAAUAAGACUAAUGUACUUUCAACAGAGGAGACCGAAUGUGAACGGCAUUUUCGGGAGACCACAUCGCGCGAUAGGGACGGUCGCUUUAUCGUUAAACUUCCCAUUAAGGAGGACGUAGUUUCGCAAUUGGGCGAUUCUAAGCGAAUUGCUGAGCGGCGUUUCUUCGCGUUAGAGAGGAGGCUAUCAAAGCAGCCUGAUAUUUACGACGAAUAUCGCAGCUUUAUGCAUGAAUAUCGGGAGCUUAAUCACAUGCUUCCAGUUGAGGAUACGUCAAACUUUGUCAAUCGCGUUCAUUAUUAUCUUCCGCAUCACGCAGUUGUUAAGAACACGAGCACGACCACUAGACUGCGCGUUGUAUUUGAUGCUUCUUGUAAGACGGAAACGGGACGAUCAUUAAAUGACGCGUUGCUCGUUGGUCCCACAAUUCAACAAGACUUGUUCUCGAUUUUGGCUCGUUUUCGUGCAUUUCGUUUCGCAAUGAUCGCUGAUGUCGCAAAAAUGUACAGGCAGGUGCGUAUCGAUCCCUCCCAACGUUGUCUCCAACGCAUUCUUUGGAGGGACGAUCCUCGGCAGGAGUUGAAGGUAUUUGAACUGGCCACUGUUACCUACGGCACGGCCUCUGCCUCUUUCUUGGCCAUACGCUCCAUGCAGCAAUUGGCACAAGAAGGCGCCGCUUCAUAUCCCUUAGGGUCGAAGGUAGCGUUAAGGGAUUUCUAUGUCGACGACAUGCUGACUGGUGCUCCCACCUUGAGGGAGGCGCUGGACAUAAGAGAUCAGAUAGUCGGCUUAUUAGAAGGUGGAGGUUUCGAAUUGAGAAAGUGGUUUUCUAAUGAUCCGUCAUUGGGGGAUAGCAAUCCUAAGGGCGCCAGGGAAAUAGACUCUGGGUCCGAUCACAACAGAACUCGCACACUUGGUGUACGCUGGAAUUGCCAGCGGAACGUUUUUAGUUUCACAAGCCCCAGUGAACAGUCGUCUUCGACACGCCUGACGAAACGUAACAUCCUAUCCAGAAUCGCUCUGAUUUUCGACCCGUUAGGCUUGCUGGGUCCCAGCAUUGUAAUCGGAAAACUUGUCAUGCAGGAGUUGUGGUUGUCAGGAGUUGAAUGGGAUGAGUCGGUUCCCAUGGAGCUUGAUUCUAGAUGGCGGAUGUAUGAAGAUCAAUUGAGGCAGUUAAACAAUAUAGAAAUACCUCGUAAAAUCCUGGUUGAUGAUGCAAACUUCAUUGAGCUGCAUGGAUUCUCGGAUGCAAGUCAGCAAGCGUACGGAGCGUGCGUAUAUCUACGAUCUUCUUCCGAUCAUCGUAACUUUGGUGUUCAUUUGAUAGCGUCUAAGUCACGUGUAGCCCCGGUUAAGGGUCUUUCGAUACCGCGAUUAGAGCUCUGCGGUGCACUGUUACUCGCGCAGUUGGUUGAUAAACUGAAGAAAUGUUUGUGUCUUACAAUCGACAAUACAUAUUAUUGGACUGAUUCUAGCAUCGUCAUCCAUUGGUUACGGGGAUCCAGUAGAAACUGGACCACGUUUGUCGCGAAUCGCGUUGGAGAAAUCCAGACGCUAACAUUAAUCCAAAAUUGGCGCCACGUGUCAAGUAAAGAGAACCCAGCUGAUUCACUCUCGAGGGGUGUCAUGCCUGGGGAAUUGUUGCGAACAGACAUUUGGUGGCACGGGCCUAAAUGGCUGCAGAGUACUGAGUCCGAAUGGCCUGCCUCUUGUGUGAAUAUUCCGGACGAAAUACCGGAUAAACGAAAGACAAAUACGGCACGUUUUUCUUGUUUAAUUGCGGGGAAACCGGAGCUCGACAUUUUUGAAAGAUACUCUAGUUACGAAAGACUUAUACGAGUGUUUGCGUGUUGUUUACGAUUUAUCAAUGCGAUCAAGCGAAAAGGGAAGGGAGUCGAUUGUAAGCAUUCUGAUGGUAAGUUAGCAACCUCGGUAGUACCAUACUCAGUCGAAGAGUUGGAAAACUCAAAAUUAAACCUUGUUAAAAUCUUGCAAAGAAGGUACUUUAAGGCAGAGGUUGAUGACUUGUCUAAACUCGGUACUAUAAAAAAGGGGAGUUCCUUGUUGAAAUUAAAUCCCUUUUUGGACGAGGGUGGAAUCCUGAGAGUUGGUGGCCGCCUGAAGCAUGCGAAUUUGUCAUAUGACACGAAACAUCCGAUCUUGAUACCCGGGCGUCAUAAUUUUACUAGAUUACUUGUAAUGCACACGCAUACACGGUUGUUACAUGCAGGAGCUCAGAUGACGUUAUCGUCCAUUCGUCAAACGUUUUGGCCAUGCAUGGGUCGUAGCAUCGUCCGCAACGUCAUAUCCAAAUGUAUAGUUUGUUUUCGCAAUGCUCCGAGGCUGUCUACUGCGUUAAUGGGAAACUUGCCCGAAUCUCGCGUUAAUACUGUCACAAGGCCGUUUGAAAAAUGCGGAGUUGACUAUGCGGGUCCAAUGUAUUAUAAGGAAGGACAACGUAAGAAUUCGCGUCUAAUUAAAUGUUUUAUAGCGGUAUUUGUAUGUUUUGCGACUAAGGCUCUGCACAUUGAGCUGGUGGGCGAUCUUACUACCGACGCGUUUUUAAAUGCGCUCAAGCGCUUCAUUUCGAGGCGAGGCCGUCCGAGCGACAUUUAUUCAGACAAUGGUUUGAAUUUCGUAGGCGCUGAGCGUCAGCUCAUGGAAUUGUAUAAGAUCUUUGAGGAUGAGAAGUCAAAACAGCGAAUAAUCGAUGUUAGGAACACUGAGCGAAUAAGGUGGCAUUUCAUUCCACCAAGGGCACCGCAUAUGGGAGGUCUUUGGGAAGCUGGAGUGAAGUCUAUCAAAUUCCAUAUCAAACGCAUCGUGGGUGAAGCCUCAUUACGAUAUGAGGAAUUUUUGACUUUAUUGAGCCAAAUUGAGGCCAUUGUUAAUUCGAGGCCGCUUACUUCACUGUCAUCAGAUCCCAACGAUCUCUCUGUCCUCACGCCGGCACACUUCUUAAUAGGCGGCCCGCUUACGUCUUAUCCGCAGCCUAACUUGGAAGAUUGUAACACUAAUAGGCUGACGAGAUGGCAACGCGUUGAGCAAUUGCGCCAACAUUUUUGGAAGAGGUGGGCUAAAGAGUACCUCCACACUUGUCAACAACGCACCAAAUGGAACACUAACGAAGCGCCUAUUAAUGUGGGGCAACUCGUAGUAAUACGAGAGGACAAUCUACCUCCAUUGGUCUGGUCUUUAGGACGUAUUGUGGAGGUGUUUCCGGGUGACGACGGGAUCGUGCGAACGGUAUUAGUGCGUACUGCGAAGGACGCAACAGGCAGUAUAGUCACCAAAGUACAGAAACAUGGAAAUUACUUGUCAAAACACAUUUUCCUUUACCAAAUUAUUGUCAACUAUGAUGGAGAACAAUUUAGUGUUGCUCAAAUGCUGUCCGAAAGCCAUCACACGAAUAUGAUACAAUUUUGGCUUAUGGAAUCGCUAAGAAGUGGCGCGCCAUAUCCAACAGAAGUGGUCAUUGACUUCAGCAGAGCACUGUUAACAGCAGUUGUACGAUGUUUCACAACACAAAGUGAAACAGAAGGUGCUUUACCAACUGGGGAAAUAACGCAAUGUGAAAAUGCGAAACUGCGACUAAAAGAAAUAAUAGCAUUAUUUACAAAUAUACCGAAAGAAUUAGUCACUGAUGGAAUCAAAAAACGAUGGCAUGACAUCUCCAGUCAUGCAGCUUUCAGCUUGCCACAGUUUUUAUAUGCAAUCAACUUGGUCUUAAGUUCCACAUACUUCAGUUUCAAUGGACGGUUUUAUGAGCAGAUUUCUGGUAGCCCGAUGGGAUCUCCUCUCUCACCGAUUCUAGCGGAUAUUGUAAUGGAUGACCUCGAGACUCACUGCUUGCGACUAUUGGAAUUUGAAGUUCCGGUCUUCGUUAGAUAUGUAGAUGACAUAUUUGCCAUAGUUCCGAAGAGCGGAAUCGGUGAUAUGCUAAAUGUAUUUAACAAUUAUCAUCCACGGUUAAAAUUUACACACGAAACCGAAAGUAACAGCUCCAUUGCCUUUCUAAACACGUUGGUCAUCAGAGACAAUGGUAUUACUUAUCAAUAUGAAGUAGAAAGCAUUAUCGAUAACCAUGAAAAUAUAAAAGAGCAAACUGAUACUGAUGAGAUAACUGAGAAUAAUUACACGAAUUUCCGUAAUAUGUGGGCAGCAUGGGGAGCAGAAAUUAAUGCAGAAGUAAUGGCUUAUUCUACUGAAUAUGGUGACCAUGAAAAUGCUCAUUAUUAUCCUCAGUUGGCAAAACGCCUGCUUAAAGAUAUCCAACUUCCACUUUGGUCUUGC